AUGAGGAGCCGGCAAAAUCACUACGCGCCCGGCUCAUUCCACGGCGUGAGGGCAUUUCUCUGGGUCUCAACGUUGAUCGUGACAGCCAUCAUGAUCGAUUUUGCCGUCAAUCUACAUUCGGGCGGAUUUAAACUGCCCUAUGCAUUUUUGCUGAUCCUAAUCACCUGCCUCCUCACCCUUCUCGGCCUCAUGUUUACCACCCUCUUCUACUGCCGCAACGGCCUGCGACCCAUGCUCUCGCUCACUACGAACAUCAUCCUCUUCAUUCUAUGGGCGCUCUCCGUCGGUUUCCUAGGGUACAGCAUGCGAGGCACCCUGAACACAACCUGCAACACCAGCUUAUGGGGCACAUCGACCGGCGUGAUGGUCUGCAGAGUGUACAAAGUGCUCUUCUCAUUCAUGGUGGUGGCGCUGGCAUUCACAUUCUUCCACAUCAUCCUCGACAUCGUUGCGCGUCGAGAUCGGGCGAACAUGGGUCCUCUGCCAUACGACUCGAUGCAUUACCGCGAGGAUUAUAAAUUGCAUGCUCGCGGCGAGAGCGGCAGUCCACUUGCGCUUGGCGCUGGUGCUGAAGAUGAAUUCCAUCGUUCUGCUGGCGCUGAUACUCGCUCUGAUGCAUAUAAUGCUUUGGGCACGACACGGCAGGAGAAUACCGUGGCGUUUCCGGACCAUCACCUCCCUCAGCAGCAGCAGUAUGAAGAUGCUGAAUACUAUGAUGGAAUCCCCGAUAUUCCUCCCGUGUCUGGGGUGAGGUGGGCACCCUCAGCCACCGGUAGACCAUCUCCGUACUCGCCGUUGCAGACACGCUUCGAUGAGCAGCAAGCCGGGUAUGAGUCUUAUCGACCGCAUCAAACGCCUUACGAUGAAGGGGGGUAUGGCUAUCGUCAAUGA